UUGGCGUUGCCCCACAGGUUCACAAACCAAGCCAGACAACGGCGGCGACGACCAAGACUACCACUCCGCAGAGAAUUCGUCCUCCCUCCUCCUCGUCUUCUUCCUCCUCCUCCACUCCCCACUUGCGCGGCAGGCAGGGCCAGGUCUAGGGGCAUCCAUCCCCCCUUGCACCUCCUCCUCCUCCUCGUUCCUCACCUCACUAGGUGGUGAGAGUGAGAGACGACACCAGCCGUCCCGUCCAGGACAUCCAUCCCUCCCUCCCUCCCAGGUCCCAACCCAGCUUUGACCGGGCUGCUCCAUUCCCUUUCCCUUCGCCGUCAGUCCACUCAGCCAUCCCCUCCUCGGCUUCCGCGUGCGUGCGCCUCUCAUCACCCUCCUCGCCCCCUUUCCCCGUCGCUUCCUUCCUUUCCUGCCCGCAUCGGACCCACGGCCCCGAGGCCUCCUGCUCCCGCUGCUGCCGGGGUUUCCCCUCGUCGCGACUGCCCGGACGUCGCCAGCAACCGCACCCAUCGCACCCCAAAGCAGCAGCAGCAGCGGCGAUGAGGUGCCUGCCGUUCCUGCACGGGGACGCCAAGUCAAGGGACGACGACCGGCGCACGGGCCCCAGCGGCGCCAUGUCGGCCUCGGUGCGCUCCUUCAGCACCGAGUCCACGGAGCGCGGCGACCCGCGCUCCGGCUCCGACCUCAACUCCAUCAACGCCUCCGACAUGAGCGCCGAGUCCAUCCGCCGGACGCAGUACCCGAGCUUCACCGACCGCCCCGCCAACCUCCGGGUCUUCACCUUCCCCGAGCUCAAGGCCGCCACCCGCAACUUCAGCCGCUCCCUCAUGGUCGGCGAGGGCGGCUUCGGCUGCGUCUACCGGGGCGUCAUCAAGGGCUCCGACGACGACCCCGCCGAGCGCGUCGAGAUCGCCGUCAAGCAGCUGAAUCGCAAGGGAGUCCAGGGGCAGAAGGAAUGGUUAACAGAAAUGAACGUGCUUGGGAUUGUAGAGCACCCAAACCUGGUCAAACUAAUAGGUUACUGCGCGGAUGACGAUGAGCGGGGAAUGCAGCGGCUUCUGGUAUACGAAUACAUGCCCAACGGAAGCGUGGAUGACCACUUGGCAAGUAGGUCAACUUCUACUCUAUCAUGGCCGAUGAGAUUGAAAGUAGCUCUUGAUGCUGCCCGCGGGCUCAAGUAUCUGCAUGAGGAGAUGGACUUUCAGGUUAUUUUCCGAGACCUGAAAACAUCUAACAUUCUAUUAGAUGAGAACUGGAAUGCAAAGUUAUCGGACUUCGGAUUGGCUAGGCAUGGACCACAAGAAGGGCUAUCCCAUGUCUCCACAGCGAUCGUUGGAACUCUAGGAUACGCCGCGCCCGAAUACAUGCAAACCGGGCGCCUCACCGCAAAAAGCGACAUAUGGGGCUACGGCGUGCUCCUCUACGAGCUCAUCACCGGCCGGCGUCCCAUCGAUCGGAACCGCCCAAAGGGCGAGCAGAAGCUCCUGGACUGGGUGAAACCGUACAUCUCGGACGUCAAGCGGUUCCCCAUCAUCGUCGACCCGCGUCUUGAGGGCCACUACGACCUCAAGUCCAUGACAAAGCUGGCCGGCGUGGCAAACCGCUGCCUCCUGCGGCUACCGAAGACGCGCCCGAAGAUGAGCGAGGUGUAUGAAAUGGUCCAGAAGAUCGUCGACAGCGUCGAGGUCGGCCCCCCGGAGCCUCCCCUGCACUACCAUGGCUCGGUGUCCGGACCGGGCGCGAAGCGGACCAAGAAAGGGUCGCUGAAGAGGAGGCUCCAGGAGUUCAAGUUCGGGUGCCGCCAGAUCGUGUGGCGGGGCUGGAAACCUGAGAUCGUAAAGACCUGCUGAAAUGGAUGCCACCCUCCUCCUGCCUGUGACUGGAAUGAUUCAGAUUCAAGCAAGAUGUGACCUGAACCUAGUGGAUUUCUGCCCACCAAUCGGAGGAUGCGCCUUAUCGCGAGCUCGAUGCGGAAUGAUCCGAAUAUCUGGUGCUGGGUGGUACAGGUACAUUCCUGCCGGCCAUCCUUUUUGCUCAGAUAAGACCCAGACCCGGAUGCUCACAUCAGAAAGAGACCCCCUUGUGCAACUGGGAGAAUUUCUUGGUGCUAGCACAUUCAUAGAGGAGGCUACAAGUCAGCCCGAUGUUUCGAUCGGACUGUCCACAUGGUUGAUCAUUUGUUACAAGAGAAUAGAUGAUGACCAAAAUCUCCACCGCUAAUAAUCCGGCAAAGGUCAUGCCGGUGGCGAAUUUUCGCCGGACAAGAAAAGAGUUUCUGCUGUUCCCCUGUAGCCGUAGCCUGUAGAUUGUGCUGUUGGCUGGAGGCAGAGAAAUUCUGUUACUUUCUGCACAGUGAACACUUUCCAUUCCAUUCUAUUCCAUCAUGACAACAUCUCCUUCCUCCCCAACUUAACUUUUCUCCGGUGACAUGGUGCAUAUGGGUGGAGCAGAAUUGGGGGCAGAUCUCCCUGUGGUGGGCAGCAACCGUGGGGCUC